AUGUCGGACUGGGCAUCGAAGCUGCAGCGGGAGCUGAUGAGCCCUACUGACCCCCUCGGUGGGCUAGCCCACAAGGACUACUACCGCGACCCAGCUACCGGCUAUGCACCGCAGUACGCGCCGCGCGACUUUGUGCAAGGUGGCAGUAUCGCCUACCCUCACCUGCAGGGCAGCGGGAGUGCCCACGAUACGUACGCGGCGGCAGUGGUGCGCCGCAAUUGGCUGGAGCAUGACGUGGCCGCUAUGGGAUUUGAGUCGCAGGACGCCCGAGCGACGUCGCGGCAGCUGAGCAGUGACGCAGAGCGCGAAGCGUUCAUGCAACGUCAUGUGCCAGCCGAUCGCCACCGCAGCGCGUUUUCGGUCAACACUUCACUCGCGGCCAUGGACCAGCUACAGACGAGUGGGUUGCAGAGCCCCGAGAAGGUUUAUCAGCAGGCCACGCUGGAUCGCUACCGUGCCGCCGCCACGUCGUCGUCUUCUGCUGCUCUUGGUGUGUCAUACACUGCAGCCAUCGGUCUCACUGGAGGCGAGCUUGUCGACGCGCUAGCGGAAGACUACGCUGCCGCCGCGGAUGACUGCAUAGACGAGGAUCUGCGCAUCGCCCACGGUCUUCGCGCAAAGGAACGCUUCGACUUCAAGAUCAUGCAGCGCUCUUCGCGCGUUCCCUUCCAGGGCUACGAUAUGGAUCGCUUUGCAGCACAGCGCGAAGGACGUCCGCACGGCGCACAGCAGCUGCCACCCCUAAUCCCGCCCUCGUCCAUGGAAGAGGCGAUGAAGAACCUGCGGUGUAGUACGGCGGCGCUGCCCGACACGGAGGCUCAGGCCCGCCAGACCUACGCGCAGAACACCACCUCUGAGGAUCCGAAGCUCGGCGAAGCGCUGACCAGCGACGUCAUCGGUGGCCUGCACGCGCGCCGCCAGAGUUUGCAGGAUGCAAAGGAGCAGGCCCGAAAGCAGCGCUUCGGUCUCGGUCGGCAAGGCGCGCUUGUGCAGGACGGUGGGCCGGACCGGCGAACACUCAAGAAGCACACGAACGAUGAACGGCUGCUUGACGCAGUCAAUUUUGCCUCUGAUGCGUACCGACGGACGACGACGGACGAGCACGUUGAUCCGUACGUGCGACGCAACACGGAGGCAGGCGUCGGGCAUCUUCUCACCAAUCGCUUCGACAUGGCACGUCGCGAGGACCGCGUCGCGCACGGGCAGCAGGAUCUGACAGAGCGUAAUACGAUACACUAUGGCGUUCCCAUUCAGCAGUUGAUCGACGAGUUUGUCUUUGCGCACCGCAAUGCCCGCGGGGAGCGGCCGCUGGACUAUUUCAAACCCUUCCCUAAUUUUCGCGCUCAGCGGCUCUACCGCAUGUACCGCGAUAUUGAAGGCUUUUCCCUUUUAAAACAGCGCCCGGAGGCCUUCGAGUGGGAGCUCUUCACCCGCUACCGAGCCCACCACCAUCAGCGACGCGAGCUGGCGCUACUGCAUGGGUUGGAGCCAGUCGCAAACGAAACGGCAGCUCAGCGGGCGGCGCGGCGACUUGCCCUGGAUCAGCUGUGUGAGAGAACGCCCUUCGACCCAUCCAAGCUGCACCCCAGUGACGACGAGGUUAAGAUCGAUGUUGAGACGCUGCGCAACUGGUUUGGCGUGUACGUGCUGCCCUCUCCCACCAUCGUUGAGUCCGUCGUGCGCGCGGAGGGCGGUGCGCUCAACCUACACCUGCAGCACGCCGCAGAUGAGCUGAAUGCAGCCGACACACGCGAGCACAUCCUCAGCAGCCGCUACCUGAGCCGCUUGUUAUUGUUUGAAGGCUUCCAACACCGCUGGAACCGUGGCUUCACGAAGGAGGUGGCUGGCAAGGCGCCAGAGCCGGUCGUCAAGUACGCCCAGCCACAGGAGGUCCUCAAAUAUUUUGACGCCGAUGAGCGUGCCAUGUACCAGCAGUACGUGCAGCAGGAGUCGGACAUGCAGCUGAGCGAGUGGGCGAAGAUGACACGUGGCCGCCGCUAUAUUGCUGAGAAGGAGCAGUAUGGCGAGGUGGUGGGGCAGGGCUACAAGGUACACGUUGUAGACGUGCAGCACCAAGAAACAGGAGCGGUGCUGACCAUAUCGGCGAAGCUGCUGGAGAGGAGCGUGGCGGCCGCGCUGGCCGGCAAAGAACCCGCAGGGGGUAGCAGCAGCAGCGCAAGAUCGUCGUCGUCAUCGACAGUGGUGCGCGUCGAUGGCCAGGAGUACCUUGUUGUGCCGGGUAGUGAGCGCAUCGUGACGCCGCUGUCUAUCCGGCUCGAGUCCGGCGAGUCCAUGGAACUGACGGAUGAGGUCUUUUCCGCGUACCCGCUGGAGGUGCCGGCGAGUGCCAAGUACAAUCAUGCCUUGAACUACGGCAUUGGUGAGUAUGACUACAACCGCGGCAACUACGUCGAGACACAGGACAUAAUCUGGGAGAGGGCGACAGCAGAUCAAGAGGAAGGGUGGUCGCCAGCGACGCACGCGGAUGGGCUUCGCCCAGGGCUGCCAGUGCGCGCGUGCCGGCGACUCGCCGUUGCAGGCGAGGACAGGGCUGGGGUCGCCAUCACUGGUGACUACCAGCGAGGCCGCAUCGUUCAGUAUCAUCGGCAGCCCUUCUUUAACCCCGAUCCCCGACUCGUUACGGUGGCCUUCCACGCCGACGGCGUCGUGCAGGAGGUGCCGCUAGCCGAUGUUAUGAUCUGGCAGCGCUGCUACCACGGCCCAGAGCGUACGGUCGGCGACGAGUCGCGUCGGUACAACCCCGCAGGCCUGCGUCGCUACAUCGACGUUGCCGACCCGAACAAUGAGAAGGCGUCGCCCAGCUCGUUUGCCGGCGCGAGCGGUAACGACCCGGAUGACCACUUCCUGGAGAAAUACGAGCGGCGCCUCGUGAACAACGCCGCCUCUGCCAAGUACCGCACGACGAAGCAGAUCACUGAGAUUGAUCAGUGGAACCGCUUCGACACAUCGCGGGCGGACAACCACCGCCCUCUCUCCAUCUCGCACCGCCGUGACUACGUCCGCCAAGGCUACUUGCCCCGGUACACGCCGUGGGAGUGGAUCGCCAUCCAAGAGGCGGAUCAGCCCAUCAUUUAUGAAACGGUGCGCACCGACAACGUCGGCGCGAGCUACUUCUUCUCUCUUAACCGCUUGUGGCGCUACAAGGCCCGUCCACACGGGUACCUGCGUAACUACGAGAACGAGGUGCGCGACAUGCUCCAGUUCGUCGACGGCGUAACGCCGUGGAAGCAGGCGCAGAAGAUCCGCACCUACUGGGAGGUCCGCCAGCAUCACCCGAUGCCGCAGUUCAACCGCCCGGAAGUGGCGAUGCACCGCAACAACGCUGGCCUGCUGCCCUCGCACAUGUGGGAGACGGACAAGAAAACGGGCAAAGUGCGUGCCGUCAAGGACUCGGUGCGCGACUACCAGACCAAAGUGCCGCUGCCCAAGUGGGUGCAGCUGUGA